AUGAUCUCCGAGGAAGAUCAACAUGCUGAACUUCAAAGGCAACGCGUGUGUGGAGGCCAAAGCAAUGGGGGAGGGGAGGUCCAUGUUUUGCUCUUUGCUUCUCAGAUUUCUUGCGGUAUUUUGCGCACAAGGAGGCAGAUUACCUUGCGCGACUGCUGGCCCAGCUGCCGUGCACCUCAGAGUGAGGACUUGGCAGGGGGUGAGAAGGUCCGUGGCAUGACGAAAGUUUCCUGCGUGCAGUGCUGCGUGCAGCGCCAACACGAACUCGAAACCCAGACUCAGCUCACCGUUCAGUUUCCUCGUAUUUCCCCCAGGCCAGACCUUAGCCGCCUGGAUGGUGAGGACUUGGCCUUGGCCCCGGGCAGGUCACUCCUCAUCCCCAAGAGCUACACAUGUGAUUGA